UUCUGUGCUUCAGGUCCCGCCUACACGGUCUCUAUGGGGAACAAAAACAAUGUGACGGAGUUCAUCCUCCAUGGACUGACACAAGAUAAGACAGCAGCAAAAGUGUGCUUCUUGUUAUUCUUAGUCUUCUAUGCUGCUAUCAUUCUUGGAAACCUGCUUAUCAUGAUUACUAUAAAGACAAGUGAGCAGCUGAACUCUCCCAUGUACUUCUUCUUGAGCUACUUGUCUUUUGUAGACAUCAGUUACUCCACUGUCACAGCUCCCAAACUCAUUCAUGACCUUCUCGUUGAGAAGAAGACCAUCUCUUAUGUGGGUUGCAUUGCUCAACUGUUUUCAGCCCAUUUCUUCGGGUGCACUGAGAUCUUUCUUCUCACAGCGAUGGCCUAUGAUCGUUGCAUUGCCAUAUGCAAACCGCUUCAUUACACAAACAUUGUGACCAAGCGUGUCUGUGGCUGGCUGGUGGCAUCUUCUUGGGUGGGAGCCUUUGUACACUCACUGGUGCAGACCCUGCUGGCCAGUCAGCUGCUGUUCUGCGGGCCCAACAAGAUUGACCACUAUUUCUGUGAUGUUCACCCUUUACUGAAGCUCGCCUGCACCGACACCUACAUCAUUGGUGUCACUGUGGUUGCCAACAGUGGUGCGAUUUCCCUGAGCUGUUUUGUUGUUCUCGUUGUGUCCUACGUUGUUAUUUUGGUUUCUUUUUUUCGUCUCAAAGCACUCUAUACAUGUUCUUCCCACAUCACUGUUGUAGUUCUGUUCUUUGGGCCAUGCAUUUUUAUCUAUAUGCGCCCUUCUACCACCUUCUCCGCAGACAAGAUGGUCUCUGUGUUCUACACCAUCAUCACACCUAUGCUCAAUCCCUUGAUUUACACCCUCCGAAAUAAAGAGGUGAAAAAUGCCAUGAAAAAGUUAUGGAGCAGAAAAGUGCAGAGGAGCGAGAAAUGA